UUAAACAAUGUGUGCCAAACUACUGGCAUGUCCGUUAUGUUCUCAGCCUGCGUUCUUGACAUUGGAUGCUCUACGCUCAGGACUUAUUAGCGUAGCUACACGUCCCCUCGCUUGUCCAGUCUGCAAUGAAAUAUUACUUGGUGUUGACAAACUGACAAUCCAUUUAUUUAGUCAUACUAUUAAUUUAUCUGACGAUGGACGAGUUAACACUGAUCAUACAAAGAUCAUGGAAGGAAAUUCUUCCACUGUUGCUGAAGACAAAGUUGAUAACAGUCAGAUGAUAUCUACUCAAUCUUUGAACGUAUCACACAAGGAAUGCGCUAAAGUGAAAUCAUUUAGGCAAAAUGAUGUUAUCACAUUUGGGCCGCAGGUUACUUCCAUAAUUGCCAAAACCCCUCUGUGCAAAAUAGCUAACAUUGGAAGUGCUUGUUUUACAAAAGAUGGGACUUCGAGCACAAGUUCCCAAACUUGUGGAGAAGAUCAAAAUCAGUGCAAAGAUAUUUUGACAGACCAAAUUAUAUUUGUACAGAGUGCAAAACAACUACAUCAAGUUUCAGAUCGAAAAAGAAACAAAUUUUGUGGUGAUAAGAUUUACUCUCAGAACACGCCACAAAAAGGAUUAGCAAAUGUCAAAUACGAAUGUCAACCGAAACAGGAUAAGCGAAUGUCGUUACAGUAUACAGAGGAGGCUGAUAAAACCGAACAAGUUCAGUUGGAGUGCGUUGAAAAUUUAUCCAAACACUCAGAAAAGUCCAUAGAAAGUUACACCAAGAGUAUACUGCAAUUUCAACCAAUCUGGGUAGAAAACUCUCAACCGGAAAUUCCCAAGCAGAAUAUUUUCAUCCACACAAGUAAUGCAGCACAGGGACAACCAAGUCAUCAAAUAGUUACGAUACCGCCAAAAACCAUUACCAGUAACAAAGAAGGUUCACUCCAGCCGACGGCUACAUCAGCUUGUCUCCUUGCCUCGGAUAAUUCAUGCAUUGAAUUCUCUGUGAGCGUGGGUCAGAAAUGUAUUGAAACUAAAAAUUCGACAACUGAAACAAAGGGCUUAAAAAAUCACCAGCAAAACUUGAACCAAAACCAUGUCUUGCCCCAGCUCAAAGCAUUCAAAGCUCUUGCUACUAAAGAGAAGACACAACGGUGUGAUGUCUGUGCAUUUUAUUUCUCAGAUCCAAAUAUAUUAACCCUUCACAAGCAACUGGUUCACAUGAUAAAUGAAAAAGAUAUGCACAAAAAACCUGAAGAUUUGCUGAAAAGCUACCCCUGCCACUUGUGCCCAAAAGUUUUUAAAAUGAAAGGGAGUCUCAUGGUUCACAUGAGGGUAGCUCACAUCGGUUAUAAUCUAGGCUUGUUGCCCAAGGAGGGAGACCCUCUACGGAUUCCUGGGGAACACGGGUACAAUUGCCCAACGUGUGGUAAGAGCUUCAAGAAGGAGCAGCACGUCACACAGCACCUAAAGACCCAUGAAGGGAAACAGUGGGAAUGCGAUGUAUGCAGUAAAAUGUUCACAACAAAAUAUUUUCUCAAAAAACACAAAAGAUUACACUCUGGGGAAAUGCCGUACAAAUGUAACAUCUGCGACAAGACAUUCACGUUCCAGCAAUCUUAUCACAAGCACAGGCUUUACCACAAAGAUGACAAGCCCCAUGCAUGUUCUACUUGCGGUAGAUCUUUCAAGGAACUUUCAACACUCCAUAAUCAUGAGCGAAUACACACAGGGGAAAAGCCCUUUGCCUGUGAGACAUGUGGAAAAUGCUUUCGACAACGAGUUUCCUACUUAGUUCAUCGACGCAUCCACACUGGAGCUAUGCCCUACAAGUGCACAGCCUGUGGAAAAAACUUCAGAUACAAAGUGAGCCAAAGAACACACAAAUGUACUGCCCAACCACCUGGUACGGUCAUACGUCAGUCAAGUGAUUUGGUACAGCGUUUGCUGCAAGUGUCGCAAUCAAAAAAUGCGAACACAGAAGAGAGCAAUGAAGCUGUGUUAUCCCAGGACACAGAAUCUGCAGGGUGCAUUCCAAACGAGGAAAACCGUUACAUUUUAGUAGUGGACAACCAAGGACAACAUAUUCUUACGAGACAAUCUGAAGUACCGAAAAAAACUACUGAAAGCGAAAUGAAAUCGUCCAGCUUGGGUUUGCAGAAAUAUGAAGAUGAAGGAAAUGAUGAGACAUUUAUCCAGGACUUAUGGGGUCAUAACAUUUUAAAUGGCACAACCCUGAAAGAUUCCAUCGAGAUUUCGAUUAAAAAUGGCCUGAACGAAGAACAGCAUUCACAAUCAGAUGGAAACAAUGACUUCUUUUCUAUGGUACUUUCGCCACCAGAAAAUGAGAUUCAAUCUCCAUCAAGUGAAAUGGAACACCUGAGGCUUUCGUCACCAAUGGGCAAUGAAAAUAUGUUGGAUUUAACAAAGCCAGUGGGCACACAAUCAACAGACAACUUUGAGUGUGGAAACAGUCAGCCAAUAAUACACCAAAACUUGAGUCGUGAUAACAGUAGAGUUGCUACCCUGCUGCCUACGAUCAACGAAGAAUCCUUAAAGCAAUUACUCUAUGGUUCUGAAGAUAGGCAGUAAUAGUACAAUUGUGAGUAGAAAUUCUGCAAAAUUUAUUUGCGACGUUCUUAGAUCAGUAAUUAUGAGCCGGACAAGAAAAAAUAAACAAAUGUACUUUACUUUUAUAUGCUUGGGCAGAUCUGCUUCUUUUAUUCAUUCGAAUGCUGUUGAAUGUAAUUCGAUACAUGUACUAUAAAGGAAUUAUUUCUUUUA